GUUUCCGUGUGAAGGUGUAUGGCGUAAUUGCUGGAGAUUACCGAGACCGACCCAGAUCGAGAUGAGAACUGCUUCUACUGUGAGGUUGUGAUGUCAUUUUGUGCUGCUGUACCUUGAAGGACACUGAGGAGUGUUGUGGUGCCAUGUGUCUUCUCAAGGUGUUUGGUUGGACAUCAUUUUAUUUGUCUGCUUGCAUCCCGAGUCUUUCACCUCUGUCUGUUACUUUGAAUUCUGUACCCAGUCUGGGCAAAGGUUCUUGCUUAUAGUUAAAAGAUGCCCAGUGAAGAGCUUCGGAUGCACAGGUGGAAUUCAUCUCUUUGGAAAUGGCCGGUUCAGUUUCCCUCCCUAUUUCUGGCCUGUCUGUAUUUUCUCUGCUCUGCCUCUGGGGUAUCGUCCAGCAUAUGCACAGUAACAGGAGGCGUGUUGGGUAUCCACUGGAGCAGCGUCAUCGGGCUGGGUUGGCAGGCACUAGCGGUGGAUCAGGGGGGGCCUCGAUGCUGGGAAUCCUGCUGUAUGAAGCCCACCUGCGGUGCUGUGUGGAGCCUCGGCGGACGCUGCGUGUUACUGUCCUGUACUAGGACCGAUGGCUGCUCCAUUAUGUCUCUCCCUCAGCCAAAUAUUGAAUCUCUGGGACUUUUACAGGAGCUGAACAAAAGGAUGCGCAGGAGGAGGAAAGUUCGCCACGUUCAGAAUGUCAGAGAGAUCAGGGAGAUAGAUCAGGACCAGUCUCCUAGACCCACAGCAUCACUGACCACAGCCAAUGGUCCAUCCCCUCUACAUACAGAAAGUCAAACCUCGCAUCUGUCCACCGCUGGCAGGGAAGAACAGACAGCACUCUCGGCCUCGUGCACAAUUCAACAGCGGACCCUGUGGAUCAUUCAGCAUCCAACAACAGCAAUCAGUCACCAGACUCCCCGUCUGACCCAUUCAGUGACCACACCAACAACACCAGCUGUGAGGGAACUGGUCGUGUCUGCCGGUCAGAAUGUGGAGGUCACUCUGCCGCGCAGCGAGGUCGAGCUGAACGCUUUUGUGGUGCCAGCAUCCCCUUCAGGUACCAACUACGUCUUUGAUUGGCGUUUGAGGACACAUCCAAAAGACUACAGUGGAGAGAUGGAGGGUAAACACAGUAAAACCCUCAAGCUCAGUAAGCUCACAGUAGGUCUGUAUGAGUUUGAGGUAGUGGUGGAUGGUGAUGGUGCUCAUGGGGAAGGAUACGUCAACGUUACCGUCAAACCAGAGCCACGAGUGAACAAGCCACCUGUUGCGGUGGUUUCUCCAAAGUACCAGGAGAUCUCCUUACCAACAAGCUCAACUGUGAUUGAUGGCAGUCAGAGUACAGAUGAUGAUAAAGUGGUGUCGUGGCAUUGGGAGGAGGUGAAGGGACCACUACGUGAAGAAAAGGCCUCGGGUGAUAAAGAUAUUCUCACUCUCACAGGCCUGGUUCCUGGUAACUACACCUUUAGUCUCACAGUGACUGACUCAGACGGAACUCAGAAUUCAACUCAAGCCAUGUUGUUAGUCAACAAGGCCACAGACUACCGGCCUACGGCUAAUCCUGGACCAAACCAGGCCAUCACACUGCCACGCAACUAUAUUACACUCUACGGCAACCAGAGCACUGAUGACCAUGAGAAUCUUUCCUAUGAGUGGUCGCUCAGUCCUGAAAGUAAAGGCAAGGUGGUGGAGAUGCAGGGUGUGAGGACGCCCAUCCUGCAGCUUUCUGCCAUGCAAGAAGGUGACUACACCUUUCAGCUAACCGUCACUGACUCGUCCGGGCAGCAAGACACAGCUCAGGUCACUGUCAUUGUCCAGCCAGAGAAUAACAAGCCCCCUGUAGCAGAUGCUGGCCCUGAUAAGGAACUGACUCUUCCUGUCGAUCGCACAACGAUGGAUGGAAGUAAAAGCAGUGACGACCAAAAAAUUUCAACAUACCAUUGGACAAAAACAAAGGGCCCAGAAGGGGUGAAAAUUGAAAAUGCAGACACUGCAGUUGCCACAGUGAUUGGACUGCAAGAGGGGGAGUACAUUUUCAUGCUGACGGUGACGGAUGAAAGGAAGCUGGAGAAUUCCGACACAGUGUCAGUCAUAGUCAGAGAAGAGGAUGACCAGCCGCCUAUCGCCAAAGUGAUGUCCAGUCCUCCAAUCUCUCUGCCCAUCUGCACGGCAGUUCUUGAUGGUUCACGGUCAUCUGACGAUAAGGGUGGGAUCAGUUACCUCUGGACACGUGUGGACACCAGUCCAGCUGCAGGGGAUGUUCUAAAUAACUCUGACCGCCAGGCAGUGCUGUUUCUUGGGAAUCUGGUUUCAGGGAAGUACACCUUCACAUUGACAGUUACAGACAGCAAAGGGAAGACAAGUACUGACAGAGGCACUGUCGAAGUUCGACCAGAUGUUUACGAGCGAGAUUUUGUGGAACUGAUCCUUGAGGCUGGUGUGACACAGGUGUCUCUCAGACAGAAGGACAUGUUGAUCCGACAGGUCGGCGUCCUUCUAGGCGUCCUGGACAGUGACAUCACUGUGCGAGAGAUUAGCGCCUUCAAUGAGCACAGCACCCGCUUGGUUUUUCUGGUAUCUGGUGGCCCCGGACGUCCCCCGUUGUCUGGCCACAGUGUUGCUAUGGAACUUCGCAACAAACUUCGCAAGCAAAAAAAUGACUUCCUAAUCUUUAAAGCCCGGCGGGUGGACACAGUUGUCUGCCAGCUAAACUGCUCCAGUCACGGGGAAUGUGAUUCUUUUACCAGACGUUGUGUUUGCCAUCCGUUCUGGAUGGAGAAUUUGAUCAGAACUUAUUUUGGGGAUGCCGAGAGCAACUGCGAAUGGAGUGUAUUGUAUGUGACAAUAGCAUCUUUCAUGAUCGUGGUUGCAAUAGCUACUGUCAUCUGGGGUGUGGUGUGCUGCUGUAGAAGACGAAAAGGCAAAGUGAGACGAAAGAGCCGCUAUAGAAUGCUGGAUGAAGAUGAACAAGAGACUCUGGAGUUACAGUUACCUAAAACUGGUCGCAUGAAGCCGCUCUCAGUUCCAAAAUCUUCGGCGCUCAUGCACUCCGAUUCCGAUCUGGAAAGUGAUGACGGCCAAGCGGGCAUCCCCUGGUCCGACCGAGAAAGAGGAAAACUCCUGCCACCACAAAACGGAUCUCUUCGUAACGGCCAAGGUCCUCAUAAACCUAAAAAGCAAAGGGAGGAGCUUCUUUAGCAUACGAACCAAACCUCUCGUUAUUGCACCAAUCGCACUGUUUACCCCUCAUCCACUUCCAACUUUAGUUUUAUUUUAUGAGGGACUUGCAGGACUUCAGGAUGACCUCUGAAACUGCACCUUCGGGUUGAAUCCCAGCCCAUUCUGAGCCAAAAUAAAAAUGUGUGCACACACAAAUGGUGCGAGGAGACAGAAAUUGUUAUAGUAAUGUGGACAUCUUUCCUUGGAUUCUGUCAUUCUGCCACAUCUGCUUUGAUGUGCACCUCAGAAGACAAUGAGAAUGUAUCUGCAUAACUUCAGAGAAAGACACUACAUACAGGUCACAACUGGAAAGGGUUGAGCACUGCAGUGUAGCUAUUGAAGAGACAUGAUCCUCAGGUGGAAAAAACAUCACACUGAGGAUAGUUGAGCCUGCUUCACUGUUCCUCACACAAGGCUUCCAAACCCUGUCCGGCACGUCUAUUCAUUUGUUUUUGUUUUCUAACUCCUAACAAUAAUGCAGAGAGGUGAGUCCACAAAGUGGUACUCACAAUGGCACAUUGACUGCAUGAGAAAAAUGUGGUUACUUUUUCAUAGUUUGCAUGUAUUGAAUUGUGCAAAUGCCACUUUGUGUCUCUGCAACCUAGUGGCCAUAUGUAUGUUAGAGGUGGAUUUCUGCCACUUUAUGCACCAGCAGAUGAUCUGAGCUGUGAAGUCUGCAGCAUAAUAGGAAAUGCUGCCGGAUCUUAUCCUGCACUGAAGUUUGCAUUAGAUGUUACACUGGAACCAAUCAUGUUGUUGCUGGUUUUGUGAAUGGGUAAGAGAAUGAGGUCUGGUUUGCUCCUCAACUCAACAUCUCAACCAUAAUGUCAGUUUUUAAUCUCUCUUAAGCAAAUAAUCUUAAACACAUGUUCUGUUACACCUGGCUUGAAUUGUUACUGUAUGUUUUGUUCAUCCUUUUGAGCUGAAGCAUCUUUCUGAUAUGUUUGUUUUUGUGAAAGUGCUGAAUGUCAACUAGGGAUGUCCCUGUCCCACUCAUGUCCUGCACAUUCUUGUGAAUGCACAAGUAUUUAAAUUUCCUGCUAUGCCACAGACUGGAAUAAUGAAGUGAUUUUGCUUUUUCAUUUUUAUAAAUCAUUUUUUGGUUGAUUGUUUUUAGAAAAGGAUUGUCUGUUUCAUGUGACUUGUUAUAAAACAACUGGAUUAAAAAUAAAAUAUAUUUACAGCUGUCUUAUUA